AUGACUGCGACGGACCCGAACGAAUGGAUCCAAAAGGUCCGCGCCAAAACGCCAUCCCUUCUCGAAAUCGGUAAAACGGCCCCCAGGGUGGUUCUCAGCUUCGGGGGGUGUGGCUUCCUGGUAACUUACGCCCUCGGAGUUGCCCUUUAUCUCCAGCAAGAGCGAAAGGAGUUACUCGCUCAGAGCUUCUUAUUAGGUGCCGGUUCGGGGGUGCUCCCGGCGCUCGCCUUAGCCUGCGGUCCGAAGGCCGUGAAUAUUGAACAACUGCGCGAUUUUAUCGUCGAUCACCGUUUCGCCGUUACCGAUGAGGCUAAGCGAAUCGAGGUGAUGAUGCAAGGGAUUCGGCGUUUUCUACCGGCAAACGCGUUGGAUCUGAUUGGGGAUCGCCUUGCCCUCACGAUUGGGUUUUCGAAUAAGGACCCGGGUUAUAUGCAGCAGCGAAAGGAAAACAUCCACUUUGGGCAUCACAUCUCCCAAUGGGAAAGUUGGGAGGAUUUAGCGCAGAACAUCUUGGUGGCAACCGCGCCGAAUACGCGGAAGCCGAUGCUCUUUCGCGACGCCCACAACGUCCUCCGAGGAACGAUGAUGUCGUUGAGUAGCGAGCUCGAUCAGUGCUGUCGGCAUGUCUAUAUUCACGGCUACAUCGGCAUGCGGUAUAAUCGCUAUCAAACGCGGCAUAACAUCCUAAUUGGUAAGCAUGGCUACCUCGGGAAUACGCACUUCUCCUUUGUAAAGCAGGUGUUGUUGGCUUUUUUGCCAACUUUCGGAAGGGAGAGGCGGGAGGAACUUCUCCAAGCAUACGACGCCGGAUACCACGACGCGCGGCGAUAUGAACGAUGGGAAGAAGACCCCUACCUCUUUGCGAAGGCGGACCGAUCACCGAAUGAUGACUUCAACUUUCGUACCUUGCGGGCUGGUCUCUUUGGUGGAAAGAACGCUACCGAUAGGUGGGAAUUGUGA